CCUGCUACCACAGAGGGAUGCACCUCCCGCUCCUCCUCCUCUUCACUAUCAUCAUCCUCAUGAGCGGAAGUCCUGGGAAACCAAAGCCACAGGAAACGCGGCAUGAUCCGAGCCGCCUGCUAACUAAUCACCCAACUAACCAGCACAGGUGUCAGUCCCACCCGGGGAAGCAUGGGAGGCUCUCCGAGCGUCGAGAUACCAGGUGGAGGCAAAGAGGGAUACCACGUCCUCAGGGUGCAAGAGAAUUCUCCCGGUCGCCGUGCGGGACUGGAGCCAUUCUUUGAUUUUAUCAUCUCAAUCUGCGACACUCGGCUGAACAGGGACAAUGACACCCUGAAAGAGCUGCUGAAGAUGAACGUGGAGAAGCCCGUCAAGAUGUUGUUGUAUAGCAGCAAGACGCUGGCAGUGCGGGAGACGACGGUCACGCCCAGCAACAUGUGGGGCGGCCAGGGGCUUCUGGGAGUCAGCAUUCGCUUCUGCAGCUUCGAGGGAGCCAAUGAAAAUGUUUGGCAUGUCUUGGAAGUGGAGCCGAAUUCUCCUGCAUCCCUGGCAGGUUUGAGGCCGCAUGCAGACUACAUUAUAGGAGUGGACACCGCCAUGACUGAGAGCGAAGAUCUGUUUUCCCUCAUUGAAACACAUGAAGGGAAGGAGCUAAAGCUCUACGCAAUUAUAAAGGCAGAAGUGGGUUCAACCCAGUACUAA